UCGAAACAUGGUUAACUAGAAAUCGUUCGAUUAAUUAACGGAGAAGCUAAAAUCUGCUCCUGAAGGGUGCGCCAAACACGAUCGGAUAGGAAUGGUUUAAAUAGCAGCAGUCGAUCGAACCAGACAACAAAUCGUUCCGUGCGAUCGAGCGCGAGAGGAUCGGGUCCGUUGUCCGUAGAGCGUGCAGUGCGUGAAAGUGCGUGAAAAUAGUGAUUGAGAUUCAGCGCCAGAAAGGAAAAGUUCUUCACGAUGGCUGUGUUUAUGCCUAAAUAUCGAUUGUUCUCGAAGGCGGUCAACCUGAAGCCGAACCCUAGACAGUGGACUGCGCGAUGGACUAUUGUGCAGCGGUCAAUCUAUGGUAGCAGACAGCUUCAGCAGCAGCCGAAUACAUCCUCCACAAACCACCACAAUCACCAUAACCACCACCAGCAGCAGCAGCAGCAGCAGCAUCAGCAGCAGUUCCACCAUCAGUCGACGACAGGUAAAUCCCGUAGCAAAGUUUACAGAAAGUGGAGUUGGAAGGCCGGUGCAGGUUGGACUAUAUUAUCGGUUUUGGAUUGGUGGUUACUAGCAGCCGGCGGUUGGCUGACUUGGCGCGGUGUAUUUCUUCGUUGGACACCGAUCGGUAUCUGUAUGGUGGUGGCAGCAAAGUGGCACCUUCACAAUCGUGAACUCGAUAAGAAGGGCCUACCGAGGACCGCCGCAAAAUGGCAGGCGAAAAUGUACUGCUCACUGCCACUGCGCGUCAUGAGCCGGGCCUGGGGGUGGAUGGCCGAUCGAAAGGUUCCCAAACCGGUACGACCCAUGGUCUAUGGUCUCUACUCGACAACGUUCGGUGUAAAGAUGGAGGAAGCCGCCACAGACAACUUCAAAGAGUAUCGUAGUUUAGGAGAGUUUUUCACCCGCCCGCUCAAGGAAGAUGCUCGUCCAAUCGAUCCUAAUACCAGUUUUGUGUCACCAUGUGAUGGGAGAAUUCUCCACUUCGGUACCGCCAGCACUAGUCAAAUCGAGCAGGUCAAAGGAGUGUCUUACAGUUUAGAGGCCUUCCUAGGACCUCCGACAUGGACCAAAAAGGAAGCCCCGGAAAUGGUGGAAAAGGUGAAGAAAAAGCCCUCACCCGACAGUGUGCUGUAUCAGUGCGUCAUCUACCUAGCACCGGGAGACUACCAUCGAUUCCACUCACCCACGUUAUGGAAACCGGAGCUACGGAGACACUUUUCCGGUGAGCUGUUGUCGGUUAGUCCAAAAAUUGCAGGCUGGAUUCCGGGGCUGUUCUGUCUCAAUGAAAGGGCCGUCUACAUCGGCAAGUGGAAACACGGGUUCUUCAGUUACACCGCUGUGGGAGCUACCAAUGUUGGCUCGGUGGAGAUUUUCAUGGAUGAAAAGCUGAAAACUAACAAAUGGGUCGGAUUAGCAUGUGGCAGUCACAAAAAGAAGGAGUACGACGAGUUGGAAAUGCCUAAUGAUAAGUACCUGGAUAAGGGUGAACUGGUUGGUCAGUUCCGGAUGGGAAGCACCAUUGUGUUGAUCUUCGAAGCGCCUAAAGAAUUUAAAUUUAAUCUCUUUCCCGGUCAACGUGUGAAAGUCGGAGAGCGGUUAGGAACGUUCGAAGGUACGGAGGAAACGACGGAAGAUCCAGCAGAAGUGAAACGCGUGAUCGAAACUUUAGACGUUACGGAAUCGACACAAUUAUAAAAAAGUAUUCACCAAUCGCUUCACGACGGUUUGUGACAACCGGCACGCGUCUCAGUGUAGUGUCUCAGGAUAGAAAUAGUUUUUAAGUUAACAACACCUAUUCCUUUACCGUUUUAUCCAUAGCCAGACCCAAGCCUAAGUACAACAGUGAUUCAACUAGCGUCGGGUGCGAAAGUUGUGUGAGAGGUUGUUAAUUCUAGAUAAUGUGCUAAGUUAACGUGCAAAUACGAAUCAGUCCAUCGGUAAAACAUUUGUUCAUCUAGUUGCCGCCAAGAGUACCGACGGUGGCGCAUGCACGACGCACACAUUUUCCCGAACAGCAGGAACAGGUGCGUAGCGUUAGUGGAAAAUAACCGUAAGAGUAGUGCAUAUUGUACACGAUUGGAUUGAUUCAUGUGCUAUUUAAUUUCCUGACCUUGCGUCAUAAAGAUUAGGCGGCAACAUCGAUGCAAAGACAGAACACCGGUAUAAAGACUUGUAGAUUUAAACGAACUGCUACAACAAUACGUUUUUGGGGGGAAAGGGAUUCUGCACGAUCGUGAUUUUAAUGUGAUCCCAAUACCGUUAACAAUCCCGCGGCUUGAUUGUUACACGAGCUAUUACCGUCACACGCGUAUACAUGACACCUUACCAGUUGUAUAGAAAAACAAACCCAUUGUUGACCUCAAUUACCAAAGGGUUCGGAGUCGAACCUUGUGUAUAGGUGAUUUUUAAUUACUAGCAAUAUACAACCAUUAACGAAAAUCCCCUGUUAGCAAAACGAAUUGUUCCUGCCGAAGUGUUUCAUUUAAAGAAUAUAUUUUUAUGUUAAUAUUACCAU